ACAAACCAAACGAUCACAGGCUGCGAUCGCCUCAACGAGCCAACUCAACAAAAUGGCCCCCUUUCAUGCUUUACCACUCCAUCUUACAGCAUUUUCGUGGCGUCAGAAUAUUGCCGGGAGUCAUGUCAGGGCCAGUCCAACUUCGUCGUAGUGCACGCGUUAGGACGGCGGUGGCUCAGGCGACGACUGCUGCGGUAGUCAGUGUUAGGACGAGUGUCAAGUCCAGAGAAAAUUAUCAUCGUCAGACGACGACUCGGACCUCACUUCGUUGGAAGAUGAAAAGUCUACUACUACUACCGCCGCUGGAAAACAGAAGGCCAAGGGCGUCGUCGUCCCAGAAGGAACAGAAAUGGUGAAGAAAAGGACACGGAGACCGAGAUCUCCAAUACCGGAGCCUGUUUACCUCAUUCCCGACGUUGAACGGAAGGAAACAACGUUCAAGGGGCGUUUGGGUUACGCAUGUUUAAACACUAUCUUGCGGAAUAAACGACCGGCAGCUGAAUCAAUAUUCUGCUCUCGAACUUGCAGAAUUGAAACCAUCAAGAAAAAUGGCUUGGAGUGGGUAAAGGACCUAGGACGGAAAAACUGCCAAGACCUCCUUUCGAUUAUGCAAUGGAAUGAAGAAAACAACAUCCGAUUCAUGCGUAUCUCGUCAGAAAUGUUCCCGUUUGCGUCUCACGCAACAUACGGAUAUUCUCUGGAGUACUGCGCUCCUCUGCUCUCACAGGUGGGAGCCUUGGCCUCGCGACUCGGCCAUCGGCUCACAACCCACCCGGGACAGUUCACUCAGCUAGGGAGUCCCCGAGCUGAGGUGGUCCAGUCUUCUCUGAGAGAGUUGGAGUACCAUGCGGAGAUGAUGGAUCGAAUGGGGCUGGGCGUGGAUGGGGUAAUCAUAGUUCAUGGCGGUGGCGUAUAUGAGGACAAAGCUGCCACGAUCGAGAGAAUUAAGGAAACGAUUACUCGAGUUUUGCCGAAGAACGUUAGAGAAAGGUUGGUGCUAGAGAACGACGAGCUAUGUUACAACGCUGAAGAUCUGCUCCCACUUUGCGAGGAGUUAGACGUCCCGCUUGUCUUCGGCAAGUCGCGUGAUUAUCACCACGACGCGCUCCAUCCUUCGUCAAUCUCGCGGCGCGAGAUUAUCGAGCGUGCGAAUGCUGUCUGGAUACGACGCGGCAUAAACCCGAAACAGCACCUCAGCGAGCCGCGACCUGGAGCGGAGACUCUCAUGGAGCGUCGGGCACAUGCUGAUCGUUGUCAGAGCUUGCCUGAGGAGUUACCCGAAGAUAUGGAUCUGAUGAUUGAGGCGAAGGACAAGGAACAGGCCGUGUUGCAUCUGUACCGCAUAUACGGGCUACAACCUGUCAAGCAGGAAUCUUUACGACCACCAGAUGAAAAUCCGACCAAAGAGACCAAGGGACGCAAAUCUAAUAAGAAGGGAAAAAAGAAGGAGGAAGGAGAGGAAGAGGCAGAUGACCCGGAGGAGGACGUCUAUUUGACAGGUUUAGUGGCGCUUGAAUCCGAACCCCAGCCGCCAGUGUCCAAGAGGAGAAAGCGAGUACCAGUGGGGACGUAACUAACUGUAUUUUGAUAAUAUAGAACCGACGUUGCGACAUACAAGGGGCACCGUUGGAAAUUUCAUGUCUCCUUGAUGGCUGCUAUAGGUUGCUAUUAACCUAAGCUGCUUUCCGAUUAAGCGAAGGAAGAGGGCCAGCCAAACCAUCGUUUUGGGGAUUACCUACCACUCGCCACCCUUUCGCCGCUGUGCGCGCCUUGCCGCAAGCCCCUUAGGUAGUCUCUUUCUGACGAGCAAGCCGCCCGCUGUACGCAUCGUAACCCGUGUAGCCGAGAUGUAAGAAUAUUCAUAGCGUUUAUACUGUAUUUGCAAUUUCAUCCUGAG